UUGUAAGUCAUUCAAGUCUUUGUGUUUCUUCAGCUCGCAUCCAGCUUCAAGCAAAACAACCAAAAAACCUCAACAUGAAAUUCGUCAUUGUUUUCGUUGCUCUUUUCGGUUUGGCCUUAGCCGCUCCACCAAAAAGCUACACAGACGCUGUCGUCACCCGCUCUGAAUCCGUUGUAGAGCCUUUGAGCUACAACUACGCUGUUGAAACCAGCGAUGGCAAGUCUGCCAGCGAAGAUGGACACAUUGAGAACCAAGGAGCUGAGGAUGAAGCUAUUGCUGUCAAGGGUCAAUUCUCCUACGUUGGCGAUGAUGGUAUCACUUACUCUGUUAGCUACAUUGCCGACAAGAACGGUUUCCAACCACAAGGUGCUCAUUUGCCAGUUGCUCCAGUCGCCUAAGUUAUAACGUUGUUGACUUCUUCUGAUUUUCCGAAUCUUACGCCUAAUUCUGUCUAUUUAUUGUUAUCCUUCUCCCAGCCAAUGGGAGAACUACAAGUAAUGAUAAGAGUUGUUAACUAGUCUUUACAUAAGUGAAAUAAAAAAAAAACGAUUUUUAUACACACAAAUUAAA